GCGAUAAUUACUGAACAUAAAUACAGCUGCUGUCGCCUCAGUGUUAGCAGUCAACUCAUUGAAAGUUUGGACACAUUAUCAACUAUCGGUUUUGUUUCAGCAGACAUGGCAGCAGCUGCAGUUAUCUCAAAUCAGAAUGUGGUGGAGAGGGUGACCAGCCUUCCUUUGGUGAGCUCCACCUAUGGCUUGGUGUCCAGCGUGUACACCAACACCAAGGACACCCACCCUUACAUCAGGACUGUGUGCGAGGUGGCAGAGCAGGGGGUCCGCACCAUCACCUCCGUGGCCCUUACCACUGCGUCACCCAUCAUUGACAAGCUGGAGCCUCAGAUUGCCAUCGCCAAUGACCUGGCCUGUAAAGGUCUGGACAAGAUUGAGAAGACACUGCCGAUUCUCCACCAGCCGUCUGAGCAGAUUGUCUCCAGUGCCAAGGAUGUGGUAACCACUGCUAAGGAUGUCGUGACAGGCAAAGUGUCCGGUGCAAAGGGCACAGUCUCAGACACUCUGACCAGCGUCGUGGAAAAGACUCGGGGUGCAGUGCAGGAUGGGAUGGACAAGACCAGGGCGGUUGUCAGCGGGAGCGUCAGCACUGUGCUGGAGAGCAGAGUGGCCCGGCUGGUCAGCAGCGGAGUGGACACGGCCCUCAGCACCUCUGAGAGUCUGGUGGAGCAGUAUCUGCCUCUGACAGAGGACGAGCUGGAGCUGGAGGCAAAAACUGUGAAAGGCUUCGACAACAAGGAGCCGAGCUACUACGUCCGCCUGGGCUCCCUCUCCACCAAGCUCCGCAAGCGGGCAUACACCAGGGCCGUGGCCAGAAUCCGAGACGGCAAGCAGCGGAGCAUGGAGUUCAUUUCUGAGCUGAAUGCCACUGUUGACGUGAUUGAAUAUGGCAGAAAGAAUAUUGACGGGGCAAACAGGAUGGUAAACAACAAGCUGAACUCUCUGAUGGCGUGGAGGUCCAAUGGUUCACACCAGGAGAAUGGCCACGAGGCAGAGGUGAUUGAGUCUCGCACCUUGACCCUGGCACGUUCCCUCACCCAGCAGCUCCAGACCACCUGUCUGGUCCUCGUCUCUAGCCUGCAGGGUCUCCCCAGCCACAUCCAGCAGGAGGUGCUCUCCCUGGGCCACUCCGCCACACAGAUCUACACCAGUUUCAGCAAGGCUAACGCACUGGGAGAGCUGCCAGACAGUGUGCUGACCAGCAGCAGAGUCCAGCUGGGCAAGAUGAAGGAUUCUCUCGACCACGUCAUGGAUUAUCUGGUCAAUAACACGCCACUCAACUGGCUGGUCGGUCCUUUCUACCCCCGGAUUGCCCCAGAGCCAAGUCAUGCAGCAAUUUCUGGCGCCAGCAGCACGCAAGCUACGUCCUCCAGGUCUUCCUCCGCCCACUUACAUCAUGAGGAGCCCAUGGAAGUCGAAAUGGAGUCACUACAUUCCCAGCAGCAAUAGUGAUCCAUCACAGCUUUAUGUUCUGAGUUUUAACUGAUGUAUUCUGCUUUGUAGGCAAAGAUUUGACUCCUCUAUAGAUUAAACUGCACUAUAGUUCCAUGUCAAAAACAAUGCUGUUUUAUACUUUUUUAAUUUGUAAUUCUUGCUGAAAUUUGUAUUUGCUAGCCAGUCUGGCAAAACAUAAUCCUGUGCUUUCUACAUAAACUUUACUGGAAUUCAUAA